UACAGUCGUUUUAGCGCGUGCGUAACGUUCCAUGAGUAUUCUUAAUCGGUUUAUAAAUUUUGAAUCGUAUACGUUCCGUUCCAAACGCGUUCGAAUUCCUAAGUAAAGUAGCCUGAUGAAGACCUCGAUGAGGUUGAAAACGUUUGCUAAGGUGUAAACAAAUACCACUGGAGCUGUAAAGGUUGAUUGAAGUGUUGAAGUAUAACUCCUCUAGUGUUGGAAGACGUUUAUUUCUUAAACAAUUUUUUUUUUUUAUCAUGUUCAAACACUUCUGUCAGAGUUUCUGUCAGAGUUUGUACAAGUUCUAAUAGAAAGGGAAACAGAUUGUAGCCCCGGAAACGAAAAUGUAUAGUACACGGACUGAAAUUGUGUACAAAAAUUUUACUUAUAAAUUGUACAGAACUAAUGUGUAUGACAAGUAUGCGUUAGUAUAGAAUCGAUUUCCGAACAAAUCCCUAUCAGUGUGAGAAUACACAAAUCACCAGUCCGUGCAAAUAAGAGUCUGACGUCAUAUCUUUACAGUUAUAGUCUCUUCAUAAUCACUUGUAGGCCUAUAUCAGGUAGUGUACAGUACAUCCUUAAAAACGUAGCGUGAUACUACAAUUGAUAUUCAACUAAAACUCAUUUAUUUCAGAAAUUUUAUUUAAAUGUCUUUAAGUAUCAUAUUAUUUUCAUUUAAAAUGCUCGCGUUAUAUUUAAAAAACAUUUAUCAUUAUAUAAUUUGUAGUUUUGUACUUCAGACUUUCGAUAAUGUUGUAUCAGAAAAUGUUUAUAUUUGAACUAUGACUUGAUAAACUAACUAAUGUAUUAAAUUCAUUCCAGUACAAAGUUAAAUACUGAAAAGCACGAGAGUUUUUCACUUACUUUACUUCUUCACAAUGAAAAUCAAGCAUAAAACCAUCAGGAGAAUUGUCUCUACUACAUUAUCUCGUAUUGGAUAUCAUGUCGGUUGCUAUCCUCAAAUAUACGUUGCAGUCACUUUUAUAACGUCGCUCGUUUUAGCAACCGGUCUAUUGCAUGUGCCAUUGCAAAACAAUUUAGAACACUUGUUUAUUUCAUCUAAUGCAAGAAGCCGAAUUGACAGAGCUGCAAUUGAAUCCAUUUUUCCAACGAACGCGUCACAAUGUGAUUUUAGAAGAAUGACAAGAUUGGAAGCAAUAGCAACAAUAAUAGCUACGCCUAUAAACGGAACUUCUGUAUUACAGGAAUCAAUAAUAGAAGAUAUUAUCAAACUUGACGAAAUCAUACAAAAUCUCACUAUCUUCUGGAAUAAUGCAUUCGUCGGUUACAAAGAUUUAUGUUGUAAGACUGAGAGGAAUAUUUGCCAGGAAAAUCUUGCUUUGAGUUUAAGAGGAAAGACAAAUGAUAUCAAAAAAGGAACAUACAACAUCAAAUAUCCGGCUGAUAUAACUAGAAAUCAAGUAAUAGUGUCUGCUUCAGAAUUUGGAGGGGUAACUUUGAAUGAAGAAAAUAUGAUCCGAGAUGCCAACGCAAUUAGGUUGAUCUACGCAACGGACCGCAGCACGAAAGAAAAGAAAGAAAUGGCACUGAAAUGGGAACAAAUGUGUUUAGAAACUUUGUCAAAAAUUAAUUUGAACAGUACCAAAAUUUCUAAAAUACUAAGUCGCUCUUCCGACGACGAAAUUAGUCGAGUAGGUGAAGGUGCAUUGUCUCUUAUUUUAAUUAUUGGUCCGAUUAUGCUGUUAUUUUCAGCAGUUUCUUGCUUGUCAACUGACUCUCUCAUUAGCAAACCAUGGUUGGGUAUUGCUGGUUGCGCAUCACCUGUCAUAGCAACUGUUGCAGCAUUUGGUUUCCUGUGUUACUGCAAAGUGGAUUACGCAGCAAUAAAUGUCAUGGUUUUUUUUCUAAUUUUAGGUGUUGGUGUCGACGAUGGCUUUAUAUUGAUAGCUGCGUGGAGAAGAACUGACGUUAAUGCUUCCGUUCCACAUAGAAUGAAAGAAGCAUAUGCCGAAGCUGCAGUGUCCAUCACUAUUACGUCUCUAACCAAUCUUCUUGCAUAUUGCAUGGGAUUUGUAACGCCAUACAAAAUGAUUCAUAUAUUCAGCGCCUAUGCAGCUCUGUCAAUCGUGUUUGACUAUAUUUAUCAGUUAUUGUUUUUUGGUGGCCUCAUGGCUUUAGAUGGAUACAGAGAGAAGUAUAAGCUGCACGCUAUCUUUUGUUGGCCAAUCAAACGAAAUCAUUCCAGUAAGAUAACUUUUUAUCAGGUUGAACAAAAGACAGAAGUAAAGUCACAAGAAAAGAACGAAAAAAAUUUAUUCAUGGUAUUCUUCGGUGAAAUUUUAGGCCAAGUCCUUGGAAAUUCAAUUAGUAAAGUUACUGUGAUCUCUAUGUUCGUCAUUUAUCUAUCGGGUGCAAUAUACUGUAUGAGAUUCGUUCAAGAAGGAGAAGACAUAACUAAAUUUCCUGCAUACACUUCUUACGUGCGUGACUAUCUAAAUGUUGAAAAUAAGUAUUUUUCUAAUUAUAGUCAUCAAGUUCAAAUAAUUAUUAACCAGCCAUUAGAUUAUUCGAAUGUAACUGUCCAAAAUGACAUAGAAGAUCUUCUGAAAAGUUUCGAAUCUGCUCCAUUUAUAUCCGAUUCGUCCAUUACAGAAAGUUGGCUGAGAGAAUUUCUGGCAUUUACUAAAUCUCCAGUUGCAGAGUUUUCGCUUUCUGGUUACAAUCUGACUGAUUCCGAAGACUUUAUUAGUGCUUUUAAAAAUGUAUUCUUGAAAGUAAAAGUAGUAAACCGGUUUAGAAAUGACGUUAUCUUUAACGAAAAAAGUGAUAAAAUUACUGCAUCCAGAUUCAUCGUUUCCAGUUUGGAUGGAGAAUCUCGAACUGACGAAAAGUUUUUCUUUGAAAAUGUAAGAAAAAUUGCCGAUAAAAGCAAAAUUCCUGUUAUCGCAUACAAUUUUAGAUUUAUAUAUUAUGAACUGUAUAUUAAUGUCCUUUCAAAUUGCUUAAAAGCCAUCUCUUCUGCGGCCGCCAUAGUGAUUGCAGUAUUUUUAUUAUUUACCCCAAAUAUAUUAUUUCUUCUGUCUGUUGCCGUUACUGUUGUAUCUAUUCAAGUCGGAUUGAUUGGAUACAUGUCAUUAUGGAAUGUGACUGUGAAUACAACUGCAUUAAUAUCGUUAGUAAUGUGUACGGGCUUUUGUGUAGAUUAUACAGUUCAUACGGCUUACGCGUUUAUCAAUUGCAAAACGAAAACACCGAACGAGAAAAUCAAGAGUUGUUUAUAUGCUGCUGGAUACCCAGUGUUACAAGGAUGUAUAUCUACGUUACUGAGUGUUUCGGUGUUAUAUUUUGGUCCUUCUGAACAGUUUGUCGUAUUUUCUAAAAUUAUAACUUUAAUGGUUAUUUUUGCUUUUUUUCAUAGUAUAAUUUUACUUCCAGUUAUUCUGUGUCUAAUAGAUUCUCUGUCGUGUAAUUUUUUGAAAAUGAAAAGACGUAAAAUUGAAUAUAAUGAGAAUUGUAUGAAUGAGAUCGAAUGUUUAAAUUCUAAAAACACGUCACGUAUUAAUCAAAAUUGAUAAUUUUUAUUUAGAGGUUAGAUUCGAUUUUACUUGUUAAAUAUUAAUUUUGGACAUUACGAAGAAAGAACGUUUCUGUAAUUUUCCUAUUUGAUUAUGUGCAUUUAUAUUAUGUAAAUUACUUCCACUAAAAACUGUAAUGUUAAAAUCGAUGGUUUGCUUAGCAAAUUCGAUAAAAUAUUUUUCAAUUGA